AUGAUAUUAAUCAUUAUUAAAAACCUCAAAUUCAAAUGCUUUUAAAUAAAUGUCUAAAUAAAAAAGAAUAUUUGUGAUUGUGAUCUAGAUCUUCUAUAAAUAACAUAAGCUACAGGGCCCUACAAAGUAUGUAAUAGUUUUGAUAAGAAAGGGUGUUUUGCCCUUACUUUGUAGGUACUACACUAGCACCAUUUAUUAAUACAUGAUUUUUUUAGAAAAAUAAUGGCUUCAUUUCACGAGAGACAAAAAAGUUUGUUUAAUACAUUAAAAGAUGCUGAAGAUCAAUAUAGUUUCUCUAAAUCAAAUAAAGUCACUAGAAAUCAGGACUAUGGAGAGAUAGAUAAGCAUCAGUAUAGAAAGUUGAAACGAGAAAUGAAACAGUUCAGAGGCAAAGAGAGUAUAUAUAAACGCACAGAAUCUAGUUUAAAAGAUUGUUUACAAAGAGGAAGAAUACCUGACUAUAUGAAGAAUCCACAAAAGUGGUCCUAUUAUUCACUUUCUGAUGUUACACCAGAUCAAAUGUCAGAAUCUACAAAUGCAGCAACAGCUCUUGCCUUUAUUCAGGAAAUGGAGCAAAGGAAAGAAUCAUUUUCUACUAUUACAGAUGAAACUGGAGCGGUCUUCAAAAAACCAACAUUUCAGAUAUCAAAAACAAUUAAGCCUAAGGUAGAAGAAGAAACUAAAAUAGUUUUCAAAAGUAGUAAGAUAAUAAUGCCAGAGUAUGUUGUUGGUGUCAGUAAGGCAGCAAAGAGUCCGAAGAAACUACGAAUUAAGAAACCUGAAUCAACCAACACUGUUGAAUUAAAACUUAAUCACCUUUAUGAUGAUGAUAAUGAAGAUACUGAAUAAAAGUAUUCUUAACUCUCA